AUGGCCCGCCGUCCCUACGAUCUUCUUUUUAAGCUUUUGCUUAUUGGAGACUCAGGAGUGGGAAAAACAUGUAUUUUAUACAGAUUUAGUGACGAUGCCUUCAAUACAACUUUCAUUUCAACGAUUGGCAUUGACUUCAAAAUCAAAACCAUCGAGUUGCGAGGGAAGAAGAUAAAACUCCAAAUUUGGGAUACGGCUGGUCAAGAAAGGUUCCAUACAAUCACUACCUCAUACUACAGAGGAGCUAUGGGAAUCAUGCUUGUCUAUGAUAUUACUAAUAUUAAGAGUUUUGACAAUAUAGCAAAAUGGCUAAGGAAUAUUGAUGAGCACGCCUCUGAAGAUGUAGUUAAGAUGUUACUUGGAAAUAAAUGCGAUAUGACGGAAAGAAGAGUUGUAACCAAGGAGAGAGGUGAACAAAUCGCUAGUGAUCAUAACAUUAGGUUUUUGGAAACAUCAGCGAAAGCAAACAUUCACAUAGAUACUGCUUUCUAUGAAUUAGCUGAGGCCAUUCUGGAUAAGACUCCAAACCAGCCGGAGGAACCGCGCGUUACCGUCAAUCCUCUAGAUGGUGGAAGAAGUACCGGCGGUGGAUGUUGCUGA